CAAUUGUCAACCAAGAGAGAGAAAAAAGACGACCGUUGUUUCAACUUUGCUAAAUUUAGCUACUAGAUAUCAAAUGUUAGUUGCAGCCUUUCGGGAAUGGGGGCAUUUUUGUCUUUUCCCCCCUCCAUGAUUACCCCAAUCUUUAAAGCUACCCUGCAGCACAACCACCUGUACAAGUUAGACUUUGCUCAUAUUUAUCAUAAAGACAAGACCCAUAACCCAUAAAUACAUACAUACACACACAGAUUAAUAGAUUAUCUCUGUACAUGUGACAAAAAUGGAAGCUUUUUUCAGCUUUCUUCCCCUGUUUUUUUUACUGGUGUUCCCUUAUCCAUCUUCUUCGCUACCCAUGUGCACCAACAUGAGGGCACCUGUGAUUGGAAAUGAGCCUCUAUCAUUUUGUCCAUACAAAGGAAGGGUAUGUUGCGACUCGAAUAAAGACUCAGAGUUACAAAAACAGUUUGAAGCUAUGAACAUCUCAGAUCCAAAUUGUGCUUCUAUUAUCAAAUCAAUUAUAUGUGCUACAUGCGAUCAGUUCUCGGCAAACUUAUACACUAUCGAAUCACAAACACAAACACGUUCGGUUCCACUUCUUUGUAACUCUCUGAAUUCACCCGAUUCUUCAAAACUAUCCUCCACAAGUUUCUGUACAAAAGUAUGGGACACGUGUCAAAACAUUCCGAUACAAAAUUCCGUUUUUGCCCCUACGCUACAAGGAACCACCGGAUCAUCACGCAACACAUCAACCAAACUCACGGAUCUCUGGCAAUCAAGGUCCGAUUUCUGCACCGCAUUCGGUCAAACCCAAACCGAAAAAAGUCAAAGUCAAUGCUUCAACGGGACACCGAUCCAACUAACCGAAACCGAAACCCCGGGCCCACCGAAAGGUCUGUGCCUUGAGAAACUGGGAGACAAAGGUUACAUAAACAUGGCGGCUCACCCGGACGGGUCGAACCGUGUGUUUUUAUCGGACUUACCGGGUAAGAUAUGGGCCGUAACAGUUCCUUCUCACGGGUCGGGUGACGGGUUAGGGUUUGAUGGAUCGAGCCCGUUUGUGGAUUUAACGGAUCAGGUUAAGUUUGAUACGGUUUUUGGGUUGAUGGGGAUUGCGUUUCAUCCAAAGUUUGUGGAAAACGGGAGGUUUUUCGCUUCGUUUAAUUGUGAUAAAGAAAAGUCGGCUACAUGUUCCGGAAGGUGUGGGUGUAAUUCGGAUGUCGGCUGUGAUCCUUCCAAGAUUGUUGGAGCUGGAAACGAGCAUCCGUGUCAGUAUCAUACUGUUGUUGCGGAGUAUACGGUUAAUGAGACGGGUUCGGGUUCUGACCCUAAAAGGGAAAUAAAAGGGAAACCUACGGAAGUGAGAAGGAUAUUUACAAUGGGGCUUCCAUUUACAAAUAAUCAUGGGGGACAAAUUCUUUUUGGGCCUAACGAUGGGUAUAUGUAUAUAAUGUUGGGCGAUGGUGGAGGGCGAGAUGGUCCUUUUGGUUUUGCUCAAAAUAAAAAGUCAUUGCUUGGAAAGAUCAUGAGGGUGGAUGUAGAUACAUUUCCUAAAGAGGAUGAUUUGAAUCUAUGGGGAAAUUAUUCAAUCCCACGUGAUAAUCCUUACUCUGAAGAUAAAGAAUUGUUGCCCGAAAUUUGGGCUUUAGGGCUCAGAAAUCCUUGGAGGUGUAGCUUUGAUUCAGAACGACCUUCUUAUUUCCUAUGUACAGAUGUCGGUCAGGAUCGAUAUGAAGAGAUUGAUGUGAUUACAAAAGGUGGAAACUAUGGGUGGAGUAUAUAUGAAGGUCACCUUGCUGUUAACUCAAAAGAAAAUAUAACAUCUAAUAAUUCUAAAGAUGUUAUAUUUCCAGCAAUGGGAUAUAAUCACUAUGAUGUAAACAAAAAAGAAGGUUCUGCAGCAAUUACAGGGGGGUAUUUCUAUCGUUCUACUACAGAUCCAUGCUUAUAUGGCAGUUACCUAUAUGCAGAUUUAUAUGCUACUGCUUUAUGGGCAGCUUUUGAAACACCAUCAAACAGUGGGAAUUUUACCACAACUUCAAUCCCUUUCAGCUGUGCUCAUGAUUCACCAUUAGAGUGCACUUCUGUUCCAAACACUAACUUGGCUUCUUUAGGUUACAUAUACUCUUUUGGAGAAGAUAACCAAAAAGACAUAUAUGUCCUUGCAAGCACGGGUGUUUACAGAGUAGUUCGCCCAAGUCGUUGUAGCUAUAGUUGCUCAAAGGAAAAUGCGACAGAAUCUGUUGCUCCUCGUGGAUCUCCACCUUCUUCAAAGGGUAAUCAUGUCAUUAGUAAAUGUAUGGAGUUUGUAAUUUGUCUCUCUUUGAUGUUGUUGUAUUUGCUGUGAAUGUGUAAACGCAAAGAGUAUCAAGAACCAAGUUUUUUUUUUUAUGUAUUUUAGAUCGUUUAUGUGAAACUGAAAUAGGUACUUAGUUUUUUUUAUAAUGAGUUAUUUAUGAAGUGAAAAGCUUAUAACCUAUUACAUAUUUACAUACCAGAUACAUGAUUCAUUUGUUAGAAAAUCAACAAUCUUGACUUUUUCCGGAAGGUCAAAACUCAAAACUCAAAACUCAAACAUCAGUCUUAUCAACAACACCUUUUUCUAUCGCUUCAUCACACAGUUCAAGAGUUAAAUCCAGGUUUCCUUCAUGAUAAUUCAUAUCCAUAAAGAAACUGUAUACUUCUCUAUUUGCAACUAAACCUUUUUUCCUCAUUUCAUCAAACAUACUUUUUGCCUCUAAAUAUUUUUUCCUUUUAAUAAACCCUUUGACAAGAGCAUUAUAACCAUUUACUGUGAGAUCAUAUCCCUUUUCCACCAUUUCUUUAUACAAAAACCACGCCUCCUUCAUAUUCCUUGCUUUACAAUGUCCUCUAAUUAGAACAUCAUAUGUGUUUGCAUUUGGUGAAACUCCUUUUCCCAACAUACCCUUGUAGAUUUCACUUGUUGCAUGCAUUUCAUUCCGGAUGCAAUACUGUUUCAUAAGCAAAUUGUACGUGGUGGCAUUUGGCAUAAUACCAUUUUUACCCUUUUCCAACAUCCAUGUCAGUAGCUUCUCUCCAUCUUCCAACAUCCCAUACAUACAAAACCCAUUCAUUAAAACAUUAAAAGUAACAACAGUUGGCUGAAUCCCUUUUUUCAGCAUUUCACGAAGAAGCUCAUGAGCUUUAACCAUGUCUCCUGCCUUACAAUAAGCAUCCAUUAAUGUCGUGUAUGUAUAUGUAUCAGGAUGCACUUCUGCCAUUUUCAUAUCUUCCAUUAACUUUAUCGCUUUUGUAAUGUGACCAAAUUUACAGAGGCCAUUAACAAGUGAAUUGUAUGUGUGUAUAUUCAAUUCAAGACCCUUUGAACACAUUUCUUUAAGAAGUUCAUUUGCUGUAUCGAUUUCCCCUUGUUUGCAUAAACCAUCAACCAAUGAAGUGUAGGUUACAACAUUUGGAGUUAAACCCAUUUGAACCAUUUCAUUAUGAAGUGAAAACGCCUCCUUUAUUUCACCAUUCUUGCAGUACCCAUCAAUAAGGGCUGAAUAUGUAAAUUCAUCAACAACCAUUUCUCUAUUACGCAUUUUAAGAAAGAGAUCAUAUGCUUCUGAUAUAUUCCCCAUUCGACAAAUACCAGAUAUAAGAGCAGUGUAUGUUAUGUAAUCAGGUAAAAUGUUCCUUUUAUGCAUUUCAUCAAACAGCUUAUAUGCAGCAGUGAGAUUCCCAGUUUUGGAAAAACCAUCAAUUAGUGUUGUGUACACUACUUUAUCAGGAACUAUAUUUUGAUUUUGCCAUGUCAUUUCCCUGAGAAUCUUUUCUGCAUCCAACACUUUGCCUAUCUUACACAAAAGAAAAAUCACACUGUUGAAAGUAAACUUGUUUGGUUUCAAUCCUUUUAUUUGCAUUUCUUCCAUAAGUUUUAAAGCUACAUUAUACUCUCCAAUCUGACAAUACCCAUUUAUGAUAGUGGUAUAACUGAUAGCAUCAGAGAAAUAGCCUCGCAUCUCCAUUUGGAUGAGUAAGUUAUGAGCUUCUUUGACUUUCUUCAUUCGACAAAGGCAAUGAAUCAUUAUGUUAUGUGACACAGUGUUCCAUUUAACACCAAAUUCUAAAAAUUCAGUAAAAAUUUGUGGUGUUGUCUUACACGUAUCGAUAUUCUGUGAUAGAUGUGAGAGAAGAUGAUUGCAUGAAUUGACAGAUAUCACCACUCCAUAGUUUAACAUCUUGUGGAAUAGCUUUUUGGCUCCAUCAGGUAUUCCAACUUCAACAAGGACUUGAAAGAAUAUAUCAAAUACAUGGGGAUUAGAGCCCCAAUCUUUGUAAGUGUAUAUCAACUUUUCCAUGAAAAGGGUAAAUGGAAGAGUAGCAUCUACAUUGGGUUUAGUCCAAAAGUCAUGAAUAAGUUGAUAAGCAACUUUUGGGUCUUUUGCAGCAACAGAGAUUUGAAUGAUAAUGCAUCUCACCUCAAGAGAUGGAGCUCUAUGUAAACAGAACCAGUCAAAGAAAGUCAACACUAAUGUGUACUCAUUCUUUAUGCCCAUCAAAACCCAAAUAAAGUGGUCAGACCUAAGCCUUGAUUCGAAUGGUUUCAGAAUUCGUUCUAUGGGUUCAAAGUGGCGUUGCUUAAUGGUGGUGGAGAUGCUGUAAACAAGUUCAGAAUCUUUGAUGGUGGGCUUUUUGGGGGAAUAAUCAGGGAAGUGUCUAGCACUAGCUGAACUAAGUGAUGAGUAUUUUCGGGUUGAAGGAUUUGGUAUGAGAAAUGGGAGAGAAAUGACAGAAGAAACCAUUUGAGGAUGAUGAUGAUGAUGAUGAUGAUGAUGAUACAAUGUUUGACAACAAUAUCUUGGGACAAAGGUAGCAAACCUCUUCAUGUCUUAGCAUCAAACCAUGUCCCCUGUUUCCAUCUUUGAUGUUAACAUGACCCUUCUCCAUAUAGAAGGACUGAAGCAUAAACAAUUCUUCCUCAAUGCAUCACCUGGUUAAAUAAUCAACAUAUUAAAAAAUAUCCCUUUGAUGAUGACAAAUACACAACCGUAUCGGAAUAUGGCAAAGCUCCGGGUUCAGGGGCGCGGCGUUUUUUCCGGUCCUCUUCUACGGUAGCAUAAACGGAUGGCUUCGUUU